AGCGACGCGAACGAGCCCGAGUGGGUAAUGGGCAGGGGAGGAAGCAGCUCAAGCUGGCGGGGGGCGGGUGCCGCGCACGCGCAGUGGGCGCUGUCUCGCCCUGCCCGGCCGGCUCCGGGGCUGCAGACAAAGGCGCCGCGACCCCUCCCCCUGCCCCCCUCCUCUCAGUCUUUUCCAGCCCCGGUUAUAACGCGCUGCCCCCCCGCCUCUCCUUACCCCGUUUUCUCUCCGGUCUAUGGCUGCGGGGACUGCUCCGUGCCCGGAGCAUGGUGGGGGACCGGUGGGUAUGGCGGGAGGGCGACAAGGGGGUGUGGGUAGGAAUAAUUCAGGCGGGGGGGGCUCGGUGAAGAUGGCGCUGAGACGAGCGUACUCCAUCAAGGACAAACUUCAGGCCAUCGAAAGGGUGAAGAAGGGCGAGAGGCAAGCGUCGGUGUGCCGGGCCUUCGGGGUACCGGGGGGUACCUUGAGGGGUUGGUUAAAGGAUGAAGCCAAGCUCCGGUGGUUCCUGGAGCAGCUUGGGGGUGAGGUGGGCACCCAGCGGAAGAAGAUGCGUUUGGCCAACGAGGAGGAGAUUGACCGAGCUGUCUAUGCCUGGUUCCUCGCUCUACGCCAGCAUGGGAUCCCCCUCUCUGGGCCCCUCAUCCAAGCCCAGGCCGAGGCCUUCGCACGGCAGAUCUACGGUCCCGAGUGCACCUUCAAGGCCAGCCACGGGUGGUUCUGGCGUUGGCAGAAGCGCCAUGGCAUCUCCAGCCAGCGUAUCUAUGGCGAGGGCGCGCUCCCCGCCGAGCCUGAGCGGGCUCCCGUGGCCAGCUCCGAGCCCCUGCCUGUGCCUGCUGCCGACGCCGGAGGCUACAGCGAUGAGCAGAUUUACAACGCCAACAUCACUGGGCUCUACUGGAAGCUUCUGCCAGGACAGACUGGUGGGACGGCAGCGGCGGCACGGCGGCGACCAGCGCUCCGGGAGCGCGUCACGGUGCUGCUGGCCGCCAACUUGACCGGCUCGCACAAGCUCAAACCGCUGGUGGUUGGGUGUCUUCACGAUCCCCCCAGCCUGCGCCAUCACAACCAGGACAAAUUCCCUGCUGGCUAUCGCUACAGCCCUGAAGCUAGGCUGGGACCAGCUCUUCUCCGGGCUUGGUUCUUUGAGGACUUUGUGCCAGGCGUCAAGCGGUACCUACGUCGCAGCUGCCUGCAGCAGAAGGCGGUGCUGCUGCUCAGCUCCCCACCGCCCCACUCCGGGACAAGCCCUGAGGACUCCCUGCCACUGCAGACACCCGAUGGCUCCAUCCGUGCCCUCUUCCUCUCCAAGGGACCUGCUGGGAGUGGCUCGGCUGGAGGAGGAGGCCGAAUCCCGGCCCCGCUGGAGCAGGGGGUGGUGUCCACCUUCAAGCAGCUCUACAAGAGGGAGUUGCUGCGCUUGGCUGUCUCUUGUGCAGCUGGGGGUGGUGGUGGCUCGGGUGGCCCUAUGGACUUCGUGAGGUCCUUCCUCCUCAAGGACAUGUUGUACUUGGCUGGCCUCUCCUGGGAGCUCAUUCCACCCGGCUCCAUCGAGAAGUGCUGGCUCUUGGGGUUGCGUGCUGCCUUUGAGCCCCAGCCUGGGGAGGAGGAGCAUGGAGACCCCCGACAUGGGGAGGAAGGUGGUGGGGACAGCAAGCUCUUUAGUGACCUGACCCACUUGGCCGCGCUGGCCUACAAGCGCUUGGCCCCCGAGGAGGUGGCCAACUGGUUGCACUUGGACGAUGUGGCCCCGGGUACAGAAGAGGACGAUGGAAAAGAGGACGCUGAGGAGGAAGGCCUCGAUGUCUGCAAAACGGAGGAGGAGGAGGAGGAGGAGGCAGCAGCUGGAGAUGGGGGCGGCAGAAAGGGUGGGGAAGGAGGACACACUUUGCUACCCACGGCCCGGGAAGCCAUCAAAGGUCUGGAGACGGCGCUGCGGUGGUUGGAGGGUCAAGACCCUCGGCAGGUGGGGCCGCUGAAGCUGGUGCAGCUCCGCUCCCUCAUCAGCAUGGCCCAGCGGCUGCACCGCAGUGCCAGCGGCCCCCACUCCUAGGCCAAGGCCACCUCUAGCCUCUUGGCUGCCAACCACCUUCUUGGGGUUGGGGAGGAUGGGUCAUGGGGUUGGGGACACCUUGUUUGUCCCUUGGGGCUGGCAAUGCAGGUGCCAGCUCUCCUUACCCCUUGGUCACGGGCCUGAAUGCCCCUGAGGUACCCCUGCUGAGGGGGUAGUGUGGCAGCUUAGGGCUAGCCAGGGACAACCCCUCCGUCCACAGUGUGUCUGGGGAUCAUUCCUCACCCUUGGGUAUAGUUUGAAGGUGCUGGUUUUUAAAUGCCAUGAGACUGAGCUGGGCAUAGCCACCAGCUCACCCUGGUCCUCAUGUGGAGAAGAGGUAAAGAAGGGACCUUGGUGUCACUGUGAGUUACUGGGAUGAUGGGGGAACUCACAAGAAGUGAUUCCCUGCAUCUCAAGAGUGGGGACAGGGUCUGCCUGAGGUGCUCCACAGCAAACAUCCCACCCUGGAAGAGGUUGCUGACACCCCCCCUCUUCCAAAAUGGAAUCUGGUUAAACUGGGGUGGUUUGGUGCUGGUUUAAGCAACUUUCUUCACACACUGGACUGGGACAAGGACACUUAGGUAGUAUCCAAGAAGCUGCAGCUUCUCACAGAGGGUCAUUUCUGUCAUUCCCAUGACAGCUCCUGGGAGUGCUAGGACCACAGAGACCUGCUGAAACAGGUACUGUCUUCUGAGCAUUGUCAUGAAGCUGAAGGCUUCAGGGAUGUUGGUUGAAGUGUCUUCUCUGGGGUUUGUGGGGUGGCUGGGGCUGGACAAUACAACUUUGUGGAGCUAGGGAGAUGCUUGGUGGAGUGGUAUGUCACAAGUUAAGAUGGGAGCAGCUCCUGGCUCUGCCUUUAGGUACUGGAGACCCCAGAUGAGAAUUCAGCAUCUCUUGACCUGAUUUUGGGUUCCAUUUUAGCCUUCUCAGCCACAUUAUUGAAACGUGUGGGGGGGAAGUCAUUAGCUCCUCAGCACUGCUGUGCCCCAUGAGGUGGCUUUUAUUUGUCACACCUUUGUCUCAUCCCCUCAGAGUUUAUGGAAAUUAAAUGGAUUUUUAUUCCCA